AUGGCAGGAGCUGUAGUAGACACCCCCUCAGGGUCCACCACACCCGCCCCCCCUACAGAUCUCCGCCCCUCGGUCCCGGUACUCUCAUCCAUCGAUGGAGAAGCCGCGUUCCGGUCCGCUUGGGCUAACGACGCUCCGGGCAUCAUGCAGGAAGUCUGGACUCUCAGCCAGGCCGUAACCAACAUGCACGAGGAAAUCAUAAGACUUCGCCAAACCGCCAUCACCACUGCCAACACUACGAAUUCACACAUCGAAACCCUCCAAACCCGCCUGAGCACCUGCCUCAUGGAAUCGAGCGAUAAAGAUGACACAAUCUCCCACAUGGCAGGACAACUCGAGGCAUACAAAGCGAUAGCCGCUACAGGAGGAAGCCAUCACCAACGCUCCGCUGAGCACCCUAAACCCGACCCAUUCAGCGGAGACAACCCGAAGGGUCUGCCAGAAUUCCUGCAGAAACUCGAACUCAAAUUACACAUGAAUAGAGACUGGUGGACAGACGAAACAGAACGAAUGGGGUUCGUCAUUUCAUGCCUCAGUGGGGACGCCCACGCCCAAGUCAGUUACAAUGUGUCACACGGAAUCGUCAAGUUUACAAACGUCGAGGCAAUCAUCACAACCCUGAAGACCGUUUACGGCGAUAUUGACUCGGCCGCCACUGCACAAAAAGAGAUAUAUGACAUGAAACAAGGCCAUAAACCACUCGCAAGCUUUCUGCCAAACUGGAUCGCAGUCGCCAAGCUUACCGAAUUCGAAGACAAAUCCUUGAUCUCUCACUUGAAACGUGCUCUCCACCCCGACAUCAUAUGGAGGCUCGUAGUCCUCAAAUCUACACCAACCACUUUGGCGGAAUUCAUCGAACUAGUUAGGCAAUGCGACAGUGAAUGUCGUCAGCUCAACCCCGACUAUUAUAAGAAGAAGCCCGGCAACAACAAUAUCUUUACCGGCUCGGCCCCAGCCGUUUCUCACUCCCAAACUCCGACGACUACGAGUGGAGGGGAUGCCAUGGACCUGAACGCAGUCUCCUGGGGGGCCAAAGACGUAACCUCCGGUCGUAAACCUCGAACCUUGGAAGAAAGACAAGCACGCAAGGCCUAUUGCAUCGCACACGGACUCUGCAACUGCCUAACUGAAGACACUAAUGCAAGUUCAAUCAAAACCAAUUCCAUGCUUGACUCUGGCGCCACGGGAAAGGGAUUUAUAGACGAAUCCUUUGCGCACACCAACAAAUUCACGUUUUACAAGCUUCGAAACCGCCGCCGGCUGAAUGUAGUCGAUGGAAGACCCUCCUCGGCUGGCGAUAUCACUCACGUAGUAAAACUCUACAUGGAAAUUAAAGGACACAAAGAAAAGAUUCUAUUUUACGUAACGAAGCUUGGGAAGUACGAUAUCAUUCUCGGGAAACCCUGGCUAACAGACCACAACCCAAACGUCGAUUGGAGCACGAAUACGGUUACCUUCAACUCCAAUCAUUGCCGCCAAUACUGCAUGAAGAAGGGACAAUACCAACUUGCAGUCUCGGGAGCCCACGCUUUGCCAAAUCCACCAACUGCAACCUUACAUCCACGUCCAUCAAUCCCCCGAAGAGUCAGCGCACCCGCAUUCCACGCGCUGGCCAAAAAGCAAGACGUCGAUGUAUUCCCACUAUCUCUGUAUGAGAUCGAUAAAAGACUGGCUGAACUCGGUGUUAUCACAAACGUCUCCACGUUCGCAGAACCUAAAGCAGACCGAUUCGACGCCGCACUUACGGACGUGCAAAAGAUGAACCGAGAACUCCAGUCGCAUGAAAAAAUGACACCCCUUAACCCCAGAGACCAACAAACGCAAGAACUCCAAGCUUCUCGUAAACUAGCAGCAGACAUGUACCUUUCAGGGGCAUCACUCGAGGAUAUUCACAAAGCCCUCGAACCCAAGACUUUCAUCGACCCCGCAACAAAAGUACCUGAACACUACCAUGAAUUCCUAAAAGUAUUCGACCAGACAGAAGCAGAUAAACUCCCCCCGCACCGGGACUGCGACCACGACAUCGAACUUCAACCCGGCACAACCCCACCCCAUGGACCUCUGUACGGCAUGUCUGAAGACGAACUUAUCGUUCUCCGGAAAUUCCUCCAGGAAAACCUCGACAAGGGUUUCAUACGUGCCAGCACAUCGCCAGCCGCCUCGCCAGUAUUGUUUGCGAAGAAACCAGGAGGCGGCCUUCGAUUUUGUGUCGACUACCGAGCACUUAAUGCCAUAACCAUCAAGAACCGAUACCCUCUACCAUUAAUCCAGGAGACCCUUACGCAGCUAAGCCAGGCCAAGUAUUUCACCAAACUCGAUGUCGUGGCAGCGUUUAAUCGGAUACGCAUCAAAGAGGGCCAGGAGUGGAUGACCGCAUUCAACACAAGAUAUGGACUCUUCGAGACUACCUUCCAAGCACGGAUCAACGAAGUAUUACGCCCGUUCCUGGACAGAUAUUGCACAGCCUAUAUCGACGACAUUCUCAUCUACUCAAACGACCUCGCCUCCCACAGACUCCACGUCAAAUCAGUGCUCCAGGCGCUUGAAGCCGCGGGCUUGCAACUCGACGUCAAGAAGUGUGAAUUCGAGACUACCGAAGUGAAAUACCUGGGCAUGAUCAUCUCAACCACGGGAGUACGAAUGGACCCAGCGAAGGUCAACUGCCUCGUCAACUGGGAAGCGCCCAUCAAUGUAAAAGACGUUCAGGCCUUCUUAGGAUUCUCGAAUUUCUACCGACGAUUCAUCAAAGGAUUCUCACGCAUCGUACGACCACUGGUUGCUCUGACACGUAAGUUAGUCAAAUGGAAUUGGACCUCAUCUUGCCAAGAGGCGUUCGACACGCUCAAAGACAGCUUCACCUCGGCCCCAAUCCUCAGACACUUUGACCCCGCAAAAGAGGUGUUUGUCGAAUGCGAUGCGUCCGAUUUCGUGUCUUCAGGCAUCCUCUCACAGGAAGACGAUCAAGGGGUUCUGCACCCAGUGGCCUUCAUGUCUAAAAAAUACGACCCCGCUGAGUGUAACUACGAGAUCUACGACAAAGAACUUUUGGCAAUCGUACGCUGCUUCGAAUGCUGGAGACCCGAACUCCAAGGCGCACACCACCCGAUCACAGUGAUUACCGACCACGCCAAUCUUCGAUACUUCAUGACAACUAAGCAACUUUCAAGACGUCAAGUCAGGUGGAGUGAAUUCCUAUCACAGUUUCAAUUUGCCAUUAAGUCGGUACCAGGAAAGGACAACAGAAAACCCGACUCACUUACAAGGAGAUCACAAGACUUGCCAAAAGAUGAAAAUGACGACCGCAUCCAAUACCAACAACAAUCACUGCUCAAACCACACAAUAUUGACUCCUCCGUACAAGAAGAACUGAAGAUUGACCCUGAGCUCUCAGAACUCUUUGCAAACCUGUCCUGGGACCAGGAAAUUACACUAUGCCCCGCCGUUCUGGACGAAGUUGAACCAGAACCAAUCAACCACAAAAUUACAAGACUGCUAGACAAGGGUUACGAAGAUGAUGAAUGGUGGAUGAAGAUCAGGGACGAGAUGCUCAAACCUCACGGCAUCCCCCACUCAAAGGAAGUCUCCCUAUCGGAAUGCACGAUAAAUGAAGGCCGAUUAUACUUCCGAGAGAGAUUGUACGUCCCAGAAGGCGAACUACGAACCCUUCUCACCCAACUCGCUCACGACAGCGUCGAGUCAGGCCACCCUGGGAAGAACAAGCUAUACGAACUCAUCUCACGCUCAUACUGGUGGCCGAGGCUCAGCGCUGACACGAAACAAUUCACACGCAAUUGCCACGGAUGUGUGAGGAACAAAAACUCCCAGCUGCGGUACCAGGGAACACUGAAGCCUCUUCCAAUCCCACUGCAAAGAUGGAGAGACCUAUCUGUCGACUUCAUCGGCCCGUUUCAACCCACUUCCCGUGGAUUCAACGCAAUCAUGGUCGUAGUCGAUAGGCUGUCAAAGGUCAGACAUUUCACGCCCUGCAGGACUAAUAUGAAAGCACACGACCUAGCCAUGCUAUUUGUACGAGAUGUAUGGAAACUCCACGGCUUACCAGAUUCAAUUGUGUCUGAUAGAGGACCGCUGUUCGUCUCAGAAUUCUGGAAAGCAGUCUGCCACCGAUUACAGACCAACAUCAGCCUUUCCACAGCGUAUCACCCCGAGACCGACGGCCAGACCGAAAACGCUAACUCAUUCCUCGAGCAAUACCUUCGCCAAUAUGUCAGCUUCGCUCAGGACGACUGGGAUGAGUGGCUCCCACUGGCCGAGUUCGCGGCCCGCAACGUUGUCAACGAUUCAACUGGCAUGUCCCCUUUUUUCGCGAACACAGGCUACCACCCCCGAAUGAGCUUCGGUCCCCCCCGAGUUGUCCCAAAGCCAGCACCCAAAGACGUAGCGGACCGCUGCAAGGAGGGCAACAACUUCGUCACCAAGAUGCAAGAGAUCACCGAUCUACUCCGGACCAACCUGCUUUCAGCCCAAGCCUCACAAGAAAAAUUCGCCAACGCAAACAGAUCACCAGCGCCAGCUUAUCGAGUCGGAGAUAUGGUUCUACUAAGCACGCGUAACAUCAAUUCAGCCAGACCCAUCCCAAAACUUGAUUACAAGUUCAUUGGCCCUUUUCGAGUAGAGCGCGUGCUCAGCUCUCACACCUACCAGCUCAAAUUGCCACACGAAUUAAGCUCAAUUCACAACUCAUUCCAUACCAACCUCCUGCGACCAUCACCAAACGACCCACUCCCCGGCCAGUACAACCCACCACCACCGGCAAUAGCACUGGACGACAGAGGCGAGAAGCUCUGGGCGAUUGAAGAAAUACUGGACUCGAGACGCAAAAAAGGGAAAGGUUUCCAGUACUAUAUACUAUGGAGAGGCUUUGAUCAUAAGGAAGCAACAUGGGAACCACUGCACAAUGUCGUCAACUCCCACAUAGCAAUCAAAGAGUUUGAGAAACGCCACAGAAACAAACCCAGACCGACGAGGCAAGAAGUACAAAGCGCCCGACACCAAGCGAAGCAAGAUGUCAAAAAUUCAGAAGCGAGGGAGUAA